AUGAACGCCCCACUGGCCAUAAAUACUGCUUAUCGAGCCUACACCUCCGGAGUGGCGGUCCCCGGAAUGGGUUAUGAGCAGUAUUACUGGCAUUCCCCAGGGGAGAAAGCGCAGGAGCCAGUGCACAGUUCAGAAGAGCCCCCUCUCCCAGAAGCUUUAAGUGACGUGGAGGAAAAGGCGCCCCACAAAAACCCAAAUCUUUCUCCAAGUUCUGGAAUAUUAAUUCUUUACACUCCCGACUCUGCCACCAGUCCCAACAGACAGUCCUCUUCUCCACAGCUGACUUCUACACCCCAGAGAUGCAAGGAGGAAAAUCCAGGAAGCAAGAAAGCCAAAACACGUACAGCUUUCUCUCAAGAGCAAUUGGAGAUACUGCACCGCCGAUUUCAGAGCCAAAAGUAUCUCAGUCCACAACAGAUUCAAGAACUGGCUGCAGCCUUGAAACUCACUUACAAACAGGUAAAAACAUGGUUUCAGAAUCAACGGAUGAAGUUUAAGCGAACUCAGAAAGAAACUCUGUGGAUGAGAAAAGGAAUGUGCCAAACUCAGAAUAGUUAUUUGGACAUAAACCCAAGUUAUCAUGAAGGUUACAGUAUUGGUGAGGCUAGGAACUUUCAUUCAUUGGCUGCUGUGCAUGAGAACUACACCAGCAAUCAAAACUAUAGCAGUAACCAAAGUUAUAAUAGUGACCACCACCAGGUCUACUGUAAUCCUCAAAAUUUUUAUCCAGUUGGUGAGGAUGGGAGCUUCUUUGGAAAAGCUGGUGGGGCAUGUUAUAGCCCACAAACUAUCAACUAUAUCAACCACCAAAAGAUGAAUUUUUAUCCUGGCUUCUCUACAAGCAUGGAGUAUACCACCAUGAAGAUGGAAGAUGGGUAUACCUUCCAAAAUGCAUCUUCUGCUGCAGUACCAGGGCCCCCUGUCCUCCAGCACUAUCAAACUCCUCUACAAACUCAAGGAUCACGGAGCAACUGUAACUCCUAA